AUGUUGCCAGAGAGCGAAAAGACCAGUUCUUUCGAGCCUGCUCGGGUGUAUGAAGCGAGGGUGGCUGCAUGGUCCUUAAAGGAAGAGACGAAUAAGCUCAGAGCACUUCAGCUUUCGACACCGUCCAAGGGCUAUCACAACCGUGACUAUACCGUUUGUCAGAUCGGCUGGACGACUUUGACGAAAGACGAAGUCAACACCGAAUGGGCUGCCGCGCGCUCAUCCAUUCCCGCUGAAGAUCUGGGAUACGACGACUGCCGGGAGCUGCUCAAGAGGUUCGGCAGCAUCAUCAAGACGCCUGAAGGAUGUGCACUAGACUAUGACUGGUUCAAGGAAAGUCUUGAGACACCAACUCAUAGACUCACCGAGAUUACUCCGGACAAGGCCGUCAAGGGGUUCCAGAAUUCGAUGCAGAACGGGCUAUGGGGUGUCGCUGCCACGGGAGCGGGAGCCGGAAUCGUGUAUGGCGCGUAUGAGGCUGGAAAACAGAUGGAUCCUUUGAGGAGUGGUGCCAAUGUGGGCGGCAGUCUGGUGUCAGGAUGA